AUGUCGACUAGAAAAGAGAUGCAACCAUCCAUUAUCAUUGAAGAAGAAACAGGCAGCGGCCAAGCGAUCCAUGAUGAGAUUGUUGUGCAAACAAGUACCUCCCAGAAAUUCAUGGGUCAAAGCAGUAUUGGUGGGGUGAACCAAGGAGAUGAGGCACCUAUGAGGUACCAAGGUGGCGAUGGUGGGCGAAGGAGCCAUUUGGGCGAGCUAGGUCAUGGUGAUAGAUACUGCCCAUGGGUGAGCAGUUCGUGUGCUAGGCAAGCAAGACAAGAUGAGGAAAAAGGCGAGGGAGGAAGGAAAGGUCUUAGGCGCCUCUUUGGGUGA